UGGCUGCUGCGAAGCCUCUACCUGCUGCACCUUGGCGUGAGGCGGGGCGGGGCCGGGCCUCAGCGGGGCGGAGCAGGUCAGGGCAGGCGGGGUCCUACCCUCCUACCUCUGAGAUUAACCCGGAACAGGCUCCUUUGGGAAGGCCUCGGAGCCGGAUCAGGAGUGGGAGCCUGAACUGUUGAGUGCAGGCCACCGAAGCCAGGCUUUAAGACAGUCUUCCUAGACCCCAGACCAGGUGCCCCCUCGGCGGGAGGCGGCACAUUAGUGCCAAGUGCCGGCGGCUGGACUAUGGCGCCGCCGCGGAACGUGGUGAAGAUUGCUGUUCAGAUGUCUGACGCCAUCCCACAGCUUAUCCAGCUAGACCAGGCAAAGCCCCUGGCCACUGUACUGAAGGAGGUGUGUGACGCGUGGAGCCUGACUCACCCGGAGCACUAUGCCCUGCAGUUUGCCGAUGGGCACAGGAAAUACAUCACAGAGAAUAACCGCUUGGAGAUCAAGAAUGGAAGUAUCCUGUGUCUCAGCACUGCCCCAGACCUGAAGGCCCAGCAGCUACUGGGUAGGCUGCAGAAUACAAGUCGUGAAGGGUGCUGUGAAGCCCUGAGAAACCUGGUCCUACUGGCCUCGGACAUGACCUUUGCCCAGGAGGUCAUCAGUCGUGAUGGGCUUCAGAAACUGAGCACCAUCAUUGAAAAUGGGGAUGACCUCGGGGAGAUGCUGGCCCUUGGUCUAAGGGCCUUCUUGGAGCUCAUGGAACACGGUGUGGUGUCCUGGGAGACACUCAGUACCCCCUUUGUCAGGAAGGUGGUCUCGUAUGUAAACAUGAACCUGAUGGAUGCCUCGGUGCAGCCCUUGGCUCUCAGGCUGCUGGAGAGCGUGACCUUGAGCAGCCCCGCCCUGGGCCAGCUGGUGAAGAGUGAGGUGCCACUAGACAGGCUGCUGGCACACCUGCAGGUAAUGAACCACCAGCUGCAAACCAAGGCUAUGGCCCUGCUGACAGCCCUGCUGCAGGGCGCCAGCCCCGCUGAACGUAAGGAAAUGCUUGACCACCUACGGAAGAAGAAUCUUCGCCAGUUCAUCUACAAGAACAUCAUCCACAGUGCGGCGCCCAUGGGCGACGAGAUGGCUCAUCACUUGUAUGUGCUGCAGGCUCUUACCCUAGAGCUGCUGGAGCCUCGCAUGCGGACCCCACUUGAUCCCUACAGCCAGGAGCAGCGGGACCAGCUGCAGGCCCUGCGCCAGGCAGCCUUUGAGCCAGAGGGGGAGUCCUCGGGCACAGGGCUGAGUGCUGACCGCCGCCGGUCUCUGUGUGUCCGAGAGUUCCGCAAGCUGGGCUUCUCUAACAGCAACCCAGCCCAGGACCUGGAGCGCGUGCCCCCUGGCCUGCUGGCCCUGGACAACAUGCUCUAUUUCUCUAGGCAUGCACCCAGUGCAUACAGUCGGUUCGUGUUGGAGAACAGUAGCCGGGAGGACAAGCACGAGUGCCCCUUUGCCCGGAGCAGCAUCCAGCUGACGGUGCUGCUGUGUGAGCUGCUCCACGUUGGGGAGCCCUGCUCCGAGACAGCCCAGGACUUCUCCCCCAUGUUCUUCGGCCAAGACCACAGUUUCCAUGAGCUCUUUUGUGUGGCUAUCCAGCUGCUGAAUAAGACUUGGAAGGAAAUGCGGGCAACCCAGGAGGACUUUGACAAGGUAAUGCAAGUGGUUCGGGAGCAGCUAGCCCGCACCCUGGCUCUGAAGCCCACCUCCCUGGAGCUCUUUCGAACCAAAGUGAAUGCCCUCACCUAUGGGGAAGUGCUGAAGCUGCGGCAGACAGAGCGUCUGCACCAGGAGGGCACGCUGGCCCCUCCUAUACUGGAGUUGCGAGAAAAACUGAAGCCAGAGCUCAUGGGCUUAAUCCGCCAGCAGCGUUUGCUCCGACUCUGUGAGGGAAUGCUCUUCCGCAAGAUCAGCAGCCGGAGACGCCAGGACAAGCUAUGGUUUUGCUGUUUAUCCCCAAACCACAAAGUACUGCAGUAUGGGGACGUGGAGGAGGGUGCCGGCCCACCUACCCUAGAAAGCCUACCUGAACAGCGUAAGGAGGGCGGGCUAGGGCUCCUGCACCUGUUCCUCUCCCUGCAGGCCUUGGGCCAUGAUAGUCAGCCAAUCUUUUCUACAGUCCCUGUGGCAGACAUCAGGACACUCCUAAUGGGCAAGGACUGCCCCCAUGUCCGGGAGAAGGGCUCUGGGAAGCAGAACAAGGACCUCUAUGAGUUGGCCUUCUCCAUCAGCUAUGACCGUGGGGAGGAAGAAGCGUACCUCAACUUCAUCGCCCCCUCCAAACGGGAUUUCUGCCUGUGGACAGAUGGGCUGAGUGCCCUGCUGGGCGGCACCAUGGGCAGUGAGCAGACUCGGCUGGACCUGGAGCAGCUGCUCACUGUGGAGACCAAGCUGCGGUUGUUGGAACUGGAAAAUGUGCCCAUUCCCGAGCAGCCGCCCCCAGUUCCCCCGCCCCCUACCAACUUUAACUUCUGCUAUGACUACAGUAUCACUGAGCCUUGACUGAAGUUAGGCCACAGAUGAUACUGCUGUAGCAGCCACAAAAAGGGUUGAGAAUCACAGACAACCUGACCAGCACAGCCUCUAGCAGAAAUAAAGUUAGCUUGGCUUAUA